GUGCGGCGCACGGGCGGCGGCGGCGUGGAGACUGUGCAGGGCCCGGGCGUGUCGUGGGUGCACCCCGACGGCGUGGGCGUGCAGAUCGACACCAUCACGCCUGAGAUACGCGCGCUCUACAACGUGCUGGCCAAGGUGAAGCGCGAGCGCGACGAGUACAAGCGGAGGCGGGAGACCUUUGAUUUUGACGAUGACUGUGACAGCCUGACGUGGGAAGAGAACGAAGACACACUGCUGCUCUGGGAGGACUUCACCAACUGCAACCCAACCAUUGACCUGCAGGGCGAGCAAGAGGAAAACUUGGGCAACUUGAUCCACGAGACAGAAUCCUUCUUCAAGACGAGAGACAAGGAGUACCAGGAAACGAUUGGCCAGAUCGAGCUGGAGCUGGCCACGGCCAAGAGCGACAUGAACCGACACUUGCAUGAGUACAUGGAGAUGUGCAGCAUGAAGCGCGGGCUGGACGUGCAGAUGGAGACCUGCCGCCGGCUCAUCAAAGGCUCUGCAGACAGGAAUUCACCGUCCCCCAGCUCCGUGGCCAGCAGUGACUCAGGAAGUACAGACGAGAUCCAGGAUGAGUUUGAGCGGGAGGCGGAUGUGGAACCCAUGGUCAGCUGAUGACGGAGGCCCCCUGUGCCUGCUGGUCUUGGUGAUGGGGCCUCUGCCCCCACUCCCCGUGGGUCCAGGAAGGCUCCUCGGAGUGGGGCUCCAGUCCUCACCACACAGACUCCCUCUGCCCUCCCUUCUCUGGAGGCCCCGAGGGACCGCUGCUUCCUUCCUUCCACCCCACCACCAACCAGUGCCCCUUCUCCAUCCACCCACCCAAGGAAUGGUGCUGUCAAUUUCUAUUGUUCUCCACAUUACAAAUGCAGACUUCUGUCCAGACGAUGCAGUGUUAACUGUGCCUUUUCCCUUAAGCUGAGCCACUUUGAGCUCCAAAGAAUUCUUCCUAGCAGGUGUUUUUAUACAAAACUCUAAGGUGAGGGCGGGGCCCCUGGCGUGGUAUAAUGUGGAUUUCUAUCCUCCCACCUGCUCCUCUGAUUGGCCAUGAGCUCUGCCCUCCCCUCCUCUGCCUGGCCAGUGCCAGUUGGCCUUGGGGUGGUCCACCUUCCCACCCGCCAGGAAGGAGCUGUUUGCCUUUGCAACCUUUCCAGGCCUGGGUGGGGGCCUCCCAAGUGUUUUUACUUACUGACAAGAGAGAAAAGAUGGAAGGAGGGAGGGAAGACAAAAUUUUAUUUUCUUUCUGAAUCGAGUGGCGAAGCAGAGGGACAAGGCACUGUGGGGGAAAGUGGAGUCUCACUGUGUUUAAACUACUAUGCAAACAAAACAAAACAAAACAAAACAAAAGCAGCUUGCCUUAUAUCAUUGUGGAAGGUAGGCCCUCGCCCAGACUCCCGGUUUUCCCCUGGAGCUGGGAGGGAGGCCAAUGCUAGGGCGAUCUCUCUCGCAGCCUCUGAGGGUGAGCACUGACUCGGGAGGGGGCGGUUCUGUCAAGGUCGGUAGUGAGGCCGGGGGCCUGCAAGGCCAUGGGCCCACCUGACUGCUUGCUUUCUUGGGACCUUUGUGGGGUGGGAGGGGUCUUUUAUUGCUCUGAUGACUUGAUGUUUUUCUCUCCCUUCCCAGCCAAUGAUAAGGGACUAUAGAUCUGUAAUUUCUCUGUGAGAAAGCCUGAAGGGGGCCAGGCCUGGUAUCCACCCCCUCCACAGUGGAGCUGGGUUCCUACCGCCUGCAACCAUCUUGGUUGGUUCUCCACUGCCCCCAGUUGCCGCUGUUUGGCCACCGGCAGGCACUGGAAAGGGAGGGGGAGGGAGGCAGUGAGGGCUGCUGGCUAAUCAGAGGAGGCAGGAGUGGAGCUGGAGUGAGAACCAUCCUCUGUUCUGCUCACGGACAUAUGCAAGCCUGUUCCGUACUUCACUCGAUUGACCGACCAGUGGGGAGUUAAUCUGAGCCAGUAUCUCCCCAAGACUUGGGUGGGCCUGUGUCGGAAGGCACUGUGUUGAGGCCACCUGCCAGAUCGCAGCUUGGAGCCAGCCGAGCAGGUUUUGCUUUUUUUAAAAAAAUUUCUUUUCGUACCCACUCUUGUGGGUGUGAUUGCCGAUUUUUGUUUUUUUAUUGGCCCAGGAGCUCUCCCGGGAGGUCCAAGGGGCAAAAUGUGCCCGAGGCCCAGAACUUCCCACCUCCUGCUCUCCUGUGGAGGCGGAGGAGGGACUCUGGCUUUAAAUAGGAUUGCAGCCCCCUGUCUUUCUUCCUCAGGGUACCAGCGACCUGUAAGGGCCUUCUCUGUCUUCCGUUUCCCCACCUGUUUUGCAGUCUUAAAACCAUUGUACAUAAUACUCAUAUGAUAUAUAUAUAUAUAUAUAUACACACACACACACAUAUAUAUAUAUGGAGAGAGAGAGUGUAUGUUAGUGACUGUGUGUAAUUUUUAUUUAUCAGAACUUGGUGGCCUUUAUUGUGAGUCCCCCCCCCCUUUUUUUUUUUUUUCUGUUGCGGUUGUCGCAGGAACCUGCUGGUUCCCUGUGGCAGUCUGGCCGAGAGGCUUCCAUUCCCAAACAGUCCCUGGGUAGGUACGCGGAGGGACCAUGGGUUCAGAGGAGAGACAGCCCCUUCCCCUCCUCCUCAAUGACCCUUGUUCUAAAGGUUACAGGGUUCAAACAUACCUGAUUAUUAUUGUCAUUAGUGUUAUUGUUGUCUUAGUUUUAGUUUUAUUGUAACCAAAGUUUGUUAGAGCCAGUCAGGCUUGGACCUCAGCUGCUGGAAAGAUUUUCCGUUUCCGGGAGGACACGCCCCCCCCCCCUCAACCCCGGCCUCCUCUGUCCAGGGCUGAGGGGGGUAAGGGAAUGGCGUGGUUUGGGAGGCAGAGCAGAGGUCAGUCCCGGUUGUUUCUCAAGGUGGUGGGGAGGGUGGCAGACCCAUCUUUAGUGUUAAGACAUAAGGCAGCAGUGUAAGUAUUUGGAAUUAAGGGGGCCUCGGCAGUCAGCGUUCGGUGGUAUUAUGUAUGCUUUCCCCCUCAUGUACAUAGGACGUUUGCCUCUGGGACUGGGGUGCUCGAAGUUUGUCCAGGGAGUAUGGAAAUGGCAGGAGCCCGAGAUAGACGCUGGCCGAGCGGCUCCUUCCUGCUGGUUUUCCAUAGCUGCUCUCCCCUGGGGAGCAAGGAUUGGGGCAGGUGGAUGGGGCUGGGGGACGGGCAAGGGUGUGGCAGACCGGUCUCCUGGGUCUGAGCCCGGCUGCCUCUCGCUCUCCCCACCAAGUUCUUUUUUGAGUUUGUUGCCAGUGGGCCCUUGCUCGUGCCCCCGCCAUGAGCCCACAGCUUGCCAAGAAAGACCCCAACGCUUGCUGGGGCAGCACCGGGUCCAGUUGGGAUGAACUGGUCCGUCCUUUGUAAAGCUGUAAAUACUAAAAUUUCUAUUUCUAAGCCCAGUGUCAUAUUGACAUUGGUAUUUUAAGGUUGUUCUCAGAUGGGCUCUCCUGUGCUGCCCUCUCUCACUCUCCUAUUUUUGGGGGUUUUAUAAAAAGAGAGGAUUGGGGAGGGGCAGGGAGAGUAACUUCCUUUUGGCUCCCUGGUUGUGGAAGACACAUGCGCAUGCACGCACGCACAUACACACACACACACUCCUCUGAGACUCCAAACGGGGAAAAAAAAUCAUUGGCAAGUGAACACACUUUGUUUUCUUGUAGCAAUAUAUCUUGAGGUCUUUGAAGGGCGGACUUAGCUCUGACCUACAGAGAAGCAAACCACUUUGGCUUGGAAUGGGGGAGAGGGUGUGGGGUAGGGGGUAAUAUAAGGUGUAACUUAAGCUAAAUGUAAUGUAUUUAUAAAGUAAGAGAUUCUCAUCUAUUUUUAUGAGAGGAAAGGGUUUUUAAAUUUAGGGUAGGCAGUUAUGGUAGCCCAGCGUUGUCCUGUGAACAAGAAAUGCAUGUUGCUGCUGGACUGAAUAUAAUCAGUGCCCCUCCACCUCCCUGGUCUCACCACCCACUCACCUGUACCCGUGAGUGGCUUCAGCAGAGCCUAGGUCCCACUUCACCCCAUUUCCCUGUUCCUUGACCCCCCAGCUCCUUGGUCCUUGAAAGUCUCUGGCGGGGGGCACUUGUGGAAGUGGGUGGGCAGUGGAGAAUUCAGAAUUGAGGGGGGUGGGGAGGAGGGGAAAGGGGGCACCAGGUGGGGGACAAGCUCGGCUUCUGAGGGUGGGCUCUGAUCGGUGACUCACGCUCUGGUCUGCCAAGGUCCAUUUCCAAGUCAGCUGUGUUUGGGAGAAGUUGAGAAGCAGCAGACCGUGGGUGGCCGUGGGACUGUUGGUUCAGGGAGCACUUAGCUUCCUUGGGGCCUGGGCCCUGGUGGGUCCCAGGUGGUCAGGCAGUUGGAGCAGGAAUGGAAGGGCCAGGAGAUGCCCACCACCCAGCCCCAGCUGUGCCUACUCCAGGCCUCGGCCUGGGCUAUAGUCCUUGAUGUGCUCCUCCAGGGCCUGGGGCAGGAACCGGGGUGCUGGGACUUCCUCAGACCUGGGUUCACCAUCUUGAGACACCGAGCUCUUGUUCUAGAAGGGCAUUCUCCUGACGUGGGGAGUCCGGAGGCAGCUGGGUGGGUAUGGGUAAAGGCAAAUUCUCUCUGAAAGGGAAUUUUCCUUGGCUGGAGGAUUUCCAGGUUCAGGGUGGACUGUGUGUUGGUCUUGGGCAAAUCCCUCACCAUUCCCACUGCCGGGCCCUCAAAGAAACGAGGUAAGGCACCAUCCCCACCCCCGGCAAGACCCCUUCGUGGACAUUUUAGCAUCUACCUGAUUUUUAGCCCCAUCCAGGGAGACUUUAUAUCCUGCAGUUCCAUCCCACCCCACUGUUGCUGUUUGUCUGCCAGUUGGGUCUAUUGUCAAGGGGGAAGGGGGGUUUAUACUCACUGAAAGACUACUGAUCCUACUGGAAACCAACCUGUUUACUGUACUGUUGUAAAUAUCAUGCCCUUUAUAUCCUGUAUAUUGGCUUCUUUUAAAUAAAGUGAAAUGUCUUAGAA